AUGGAAGGCACAUCAUACUUCCCAGGGAGUGUUUACAUUACCAACACAUCUAUUUAUUAUGGGAAAGGCAACCUAAGCAAAGCAAUAUGCAAUGUUUCAACUUUGGAUUCAGAAGAGAUUGCCGGAAAGGCAGUCCUAUGUGAUAAAAGCCCCAACAUUGACAUAUUUGAACGGAUGAAGGAAGUUGAAAGGGCAGGUGGAUAUGCAGGAAUAUUCGUGGGAGACAUGGUGACUUCAGAUCGACAGUACUACAUUCUUGCCCAGUUUUCCAUUCCUAGCGUGGUUUUACAUACUACUUAUGGGGCUUCAGUAAAGGAGUACGUAACCAGUGAAAAUAACGCAAAGGUAAAGUGCAUGAAGUUCGUGAUAACAACUUUGGGGACAAAAUCAGCACCUCAAGUAGCCUUUUUUUCUUCAAAAGGACCUGAUCCAAUUAACCCAGGUGUUCUAAAACCAGAUAUCCUCGCUCCAGGGCAAGAUGUUCUGGCAACAGUUGUACCCAACAAGGCGAAUUUCAAAGUAUGCAACUAUAAUAUGGUCACUGAUUAUGGAUUCAUCUCAGGGACAUCAAUGGCAACUCCCCAUGUUGUAGGAGUUACAGCGUUACUAAAGGCCAUCCACCAUGAUUGGAGCCCUGCAGCCAUCCGAUCAACUAUCAUGACCACUGCAAAUACACUUGACAAUACAGACACAGCCUUGAAAGACCAAUUAACUGGACUUCUUGCCACACCUCUAGACUUCGGGGUUGGCCAUGUCAAUCCAAACAAAGCAAUGGAUCCUUGGUUGAUCUACAACGUGGGUUUCCAAGAUUAUGUUGACUUCUUGUGCCGUCUUGGCUACAAUAAGAAGCAAAUGGGUGUUGUCCUCCGAAGAAAUCAAUGGAGUUGCAACCAAAAUCCCACCGAUCUCAAUUACCCUUUUUUCAUCGCUAUAUUUCCCAAAAACACCAGCUCCGUAACAACAGAAACCUUCAACAGGGUUGUGACGAACGUGGGAGAUGAUACAGCCAUUUAUCGAGCAGUAGUAGUUGUUCCUAGUGGAAUAAGUAUCAAAGUAGAGCCCAGUACUCUCACAUUUACCAGCAAAUAUCAGAAGCAAAGUUUUUGUCGUGAGCAUAAAGUUGCACCCAACAUACAGUACGGUUAUCUCAAAUGGAUCGAUUAG